UCAGAUUUGCGCUUACAUCGGUAAGGUGCAACCGGUGAAACUUCAGGCAGACGAAACUUUCAAGAACAAAUCCCGAGUAUCAGAGUUGGAGAUGGCAUCCGCUAAAAAGAAGAUAUGUAUUAUUGGAUCAGGCAAUUGGGGUUCAGCAAUAGCCAAGAUAGUUGGAAACAAUGCGCUGGCAAUGCCAGACAAAUUUGACACUGAAGUUCGUAUGUGGGUGUUUGAGGAAAUGGUAAAAGAUAGGAAACUUACUGAAAUCAUCAACCAGGAUCAUGAAAAUGUCAAGUAUCUUCCAGGACAUAAAUUACCAACAAAUGUGCUUGCUGUACCAGGUGUCAAAGAAACUGGUGAAGGAGCAGAUAUCUUCAUUUUUGUCCUGCCGCAUCAGUUCGUCAAGGGAGUGUGCAACCAGCUGAAGGGAAAUGUCAAAAAGGAUGCCAUUGCUGUCUCUCUUAUUAAGGGUUUUGAAGUGAAGGAUGGGGGUGGUAUCCUCCUGAUCUCAUCUGUCAUCAGGGACCUUUUGAAUAUACCGUGUGCUGCCUUGAUGGGUGCUAACAUUGCAAAUGAGGUUGCUAAGGAGAACUACUGCGAGGCCACAAUAGGCUGCAAGCACCCAGAGUAUGGUGCCAUCCUUAAGGACAUGUUCCAGGCAGACUACUUCAGGAUUGUGGUCUGUGACGAUGAGACAACAGUAGAAGUGUGUGGGGCUUUAAAGAAUAUUGUGGCAGUCGGUGCAGGCUUUGCUGAUGGUUUGGGAUAUGGGGACAACACAAAGGCAGCAGUCAUCAGGCUUGGACUGAUGGAGAUGGUCAAAUUCUGUGAAAUUUUCUAUCCAGAAUCCCAACAAGGAACGUUCCUUGAAAGCUGUGGAGUUGCUGACCUUGUCACCACCUGUUAUGGCGGUAGGAACCGAAGGGUUGCUGAAGCCUAUGCUAAAACUGGAAAGAGUAUAGAAGAACUGGAGGCUGAAAUGUUGAAUGGUCAAAAAUUACAGGGUCCUCCAACAGCAUAUGAAGUCAAUUACAUGCUAAAGGCAAAGGACAUGGAACAAAGGUUCCCCCUAUUCACAGCCAUCCACAACAUCUGUAAAGGUAACCUUCAUGUGAGCAAGUUCAUGGAUUGUCUGAAGAACCACCCAGAACAUAUGUAGAACAGAUGUUCUUUGCAGCCCAGGAAUAUUGUUUACAAUUCUGUAGCAUUAUUUUAUGUCAUGUUUUCAUUUAGUUCAUUUGUAAGAUAAAAACAUGACAAUUAAUCAGACAAACUUAUAUUUAUCUUUUGUAUUUAAUUUAGUUCUUCAAUUAUACUUUUAAUUUCAUAAAAGCAUUAAAUUUGUUUUACCAAGUUAAUCAAUAUGUUGAGUUGAAUGUACAUUUGUAUGACUAUUUUUUUGAUGUAUGGUUGACUGUAUAUUCUGUUCGCUGAUUUUGAUGUUGUGGUCAGCUCGUUCUGUGAUGAGGUGAUUACAGUUUCUCAUACUCCCUUUAAUAGUUGUAGUAUAAUGACAUUCCUGAUGGAGUAAUUAUCAAACAAUGACUCAAAGUAUUAAUUAAACCUCAUGCCAUGAAGAUUCACACCAUAUAUAUAAACCCUUUCAUUCAUAGUUGCCAUGAAGAAACAAACACAAUAAUGCUACCAGGAUUUGCCCAUGAUUCAGCUAAGCCCCCUGGGGCCUAGUCUGUUGGUAAUAACAUGGAAGCUGUUGAGAUUCUAAUCUAUAAUAAUAAAAUCACUCUAAAACAUAUAAGUGCUUCCUGGACAUAAAGAUAUAAAAUUCAGGGGUAUGACCUCACCCCUGGGGACUUUGUCCUGGGUUUUCAUUAUGAAAAUUUAGAUACCUGCCCUUUAACCAUUAAUAAAAUAAUAAAGAUCUUGGCCAAAUUUGUUUUGCAGCAUCUGUAGUCAUUUUUGAACCUGGGAAUAAUUGUUUUAUAAAGGAAGAGUGUUGCUCCCUGGAACAGGUGUACUAUAUAGGCCAAUAGACCCCUUGGUUAAAUGUGUAUGUAAGAGGGAUUCAUAGAAAAAAAAUGUAACAAUCAACAGAAAUGCAUGAUUUUUACUGAUUCAAAUCAAAUCAGAGCUGAAUUCUUGGGUGUGGACGCAUUUAGUGGUUACAAACAAAUAAUAGGUAUAUAGCUAUAGGUGAUAUUCUUAUUGUUAGUUUCAGUCGAACUUGAGAUACGUACUAGAUGUAAAUAUGUAAUAUAUAUUCCAAGUUUAUCUUGGGUUGAACAUCAAAAAAUAAUAUUUAAUUUUGUUCUAGGUAAAGGUUAAAAAAGUAAGUGUUCUAAAACAUCAAUGUGUAUGCUGGGCAAAACUAUUUUACUACGCAAAACAUGUUUCUGAAUGGUGUAGGGUGAAAGUAUAUUAUGUAGCUUUUACUGAUCAUAGAUGUGAAUGUAGAAAUGUGAUAUUCUGACCUUUAGUGAGUGUGUUGAGGUGCGAGAACAAUCACAUAGAAGGUUAUUCUGAAAUGUUGUUUUAACCGAUCUGCUCAUUACUAUAAAUUAAAUCUAUAAGCAUAUUUCAACACAUGUAUUAAUGUGCUAUACCAAUAGAUAUAGAGAACGUCUAUUAAUCACAUUUUUGAACUACAAUCACACAAAAAAAUAUUGCAUCAAAAAAGGGGGAAUUACUUGACGCCAGAUUCAAAUUACAUAUCACUUGACAAAAAGGCUGUCAACUAUCUUGAACAUGAUUCUACCACUUUAAGCUACAUGUAUUUUCUGGUACAAUUUGCUUACAAAAAUAUUAUCAGUGGUGAAGCUUUAAAAAACAUUGAUGUAAGUACCAAAGUUGUUCAAAAACAAUGACUAAUUCUGUUGUUACUUAAUCUUUAGCUGGACAGAAAAUCUGUGACUUUAAAUGCAAUGAAUUGAAAAUACUGUUCUGCUUAAAGCUUGGUCAAUAUAAAAUGUAUUGAGGAAUUAAAUCCUGUAUCACAUGUGAAGAUACAGCCUAUACAAAUCGCCCCUUAUCUGUGGACCAGCAUCCGUCCAUAAGCAUUUCGCAUUAUCUCUAUUUCUCUGAAAUUGAUGAAUGGAUCUUUAUCAAAUUUGGAAAUUUUACAGUUUGGGAUUAUUAUUUCUAUAUCUUGAGAAGUCUUGACAAAUAUUUUUCAAAUUUCAUCUGAAGGACCUUGGCCCUAAGUCGUGCAUGUUAUAUUUUGAGGCUGAUCAGAAAAACAUGAUGGCCAACAGGCAGUUAUUUUGAAUUUUAAAUUGUUGUUGUUAUUUCUCAAAAGGUACUCAAGUGUUCCUUCUUAGGCUUGUUUGGGCUUGGUUCUUAGUUAAAAUUCAUUUUCAGCUUUAUUGAGGAAAAAGAUGGCCUCUUGGCAGACAUCUUGAAUAUACCUGUUAAAAUUAGUAAUUGCAAUAUCUCAGUAAGUAAAUAACAGGUUUUGCAUAUGAAAUGUAUUUUAUCUCGAGCUUCAAGCAGCUUGGUCAGUAGAAAAAUAUCGCUGCCAGAAAUCAAUAAUCCUUUCUAGGUCUAUUUUAACACAUUAUGGUAAUAAAUAACUUACAAUACUUUUGAAAGGACAAUGUCAAUAAUAGCUGUAUGAAGUUUUGAACAAGAGUUACCACAAAAUGCGUUUACUGUUGACGUGUCUAAAUCCAUCACA